CACAGACAGAGAAGAAGAAGAAGAGGGAGGGUGGAAGAAAAACAGCAGAGAAGAAGAAACAGAGAGAGGGAGUGUGUUGUGUUCGAGGCUCUCUGGUCCGUCAUGUGAAAGUGAAACUGCUGCAGAACAUUUUUAUUUUUCUGUCGUUCGGUUUGUUUGUUUGUUUACUUGUUGUUUACUUGCUCGUUGCAUCGAGACUCUUGUUCUUCAGACGGGAUUUAAAGUGACUCAGGAUGACUGAAGCUCAGUUCAUCAACGUCUACGACAACGACCUGCAGAUGAAUUUGAUGCAGUACGACUACAUUCCUCCAGUGGACAUAAAGACUGAACCCUACAUACCUGAGACAGCUCAUGGUCCCUACAUUCAAAUCAUCGAGGAGCCAAAACAGAGGGGCUUUCGUUUCCGUUAUGAGUGUGAGGGUCCGUCCCAUGGCGGGCUCCCAGGGGCCUCCAGCGAGAAGAACAGGAGAACCUACCCGACCGUGAAGAUUAAUAACUACAUGGGUCACGCCCGGGUGGAGGUCCAGCUGGUGACCCACACCGACCCUCCUCGUGUUCACGCUCACAGUCUGGUGGGACGUCACUGCACCGAGAACGGCACCUGCACGCUCGAUGUCGGCCCCAACGACCUCACCGCCUCAUUCAGUAACCUGGGGAUCCUCCAUGUGACCAAGAAAGGUGUGGUGGAUGUUCUGAGCCGAAGACUGCGAGAAGAGAGGAAGAGACAGAAGGGAGCUCACUAUCACCUGACAGAGGCGGAGGAGCACUCUAUCCUUAAGGAGGCCAAGGAGCUGGGGAAGGCGAUGGACCUGAACAUCGUCAGGUUGAAGUUCACCGCCUACCUGCAGGACAGUAACGGAGGCUUCACCAGAGGGCUGAAACCAGUCGUCUCCGACUGCAUCUACGACAGCAAGUCACCAAACGCCUCCAACCUGAAGAUCUCUCGGAUGGAUAAGACAUGUGGCUCGGUGCUUGGAGGAGACGAGAUCUUCCUGCUCUGCGACAAAGUCCAGAAAGAUGACAUUGAGAUCCGUUUUUAUGAGGAGGAUGAUGAAGGAGGCUGGGAGGCAUUCGGUGACUUCUCACCUACAGACGUCCACAAACAGUACGCCAUCGUCUUCAAAACACCGCCCUACCACAGCGCAGAGAUCGAGCGGCCCGUCACCGUCUUCCUGCAGCUGAAGAGGAAAAAGGCCGGCGACAGCAGCGACCCCAAACAGUUCACCUACAUACCACAGGUCCAAGACAAAGAAGAGGUGCUGAGGAAGAAACAGAAGCCGCUGCCUCACUAUGAACCCUGGAGAGGAGGAGGAGGAGGAGGAGGAGGAAGAGGCGGAGGAGCUGGAGGAUUUGGAGGAGGAGGAGGAGCUGGAGGAGCAGGAGGAGGAGGAGGAUUCCAGUUCAACCAGCAGAUGAAUGGAGGAGGAGGAGGAGGAGGAACCGGCGGAGUCUUCUUCCCGGGAGGCUUCACAGGCUUCGGCGGAGGGGCUCAGAUGUCAGGCUCCGCCCCUCAGACAGGGGUUACCCAGCAACAGACAGAGGGAGAGACAGGAGGACAGACAGGAGGACAGACUGGCUCACCACUACAGCAGCAGCUGUUUCAGCUCGCCGCCGCCCUCCACAGCCGAGCCUCUCAGAGCGCCAGACAGACGGCUGCCGCCUUGCUGCAGUACUGCAGCACCGGGGAUGUCCGCGUCCUUCUGGCAAUCCAGAGACACCUCUGUGGCGUCCAGGACGGCAACGGAGACACUCCUUUGCACCUGGCCAUCAUCCAUCAGCAGACAGGUGUGAUCCAGCAGCUGAUCCACACUCUGCUCAGCAGUCAGCAGCAGAACAUCCUCAACACGGCCAACCACCUCCGACAGACUCCUCUCCACCUGGCGGUGAUCACCCGGCAGGUGAAGGUGGUGGAGGUGCUGCUAAGGGCGGGGGCCGACCCCAGCCUGCUGGACAAAGAUGGCCGCAGUCCGCUCCACCUGGCGGCGCUGGCUGGAGACAACGCCACGCUCCGCCCCCUGCUGGCUCACCUGGGAGAACGCCAUGCCCACCUGGUCAACACUCCGGAUUUCCACGGUCUCCAUCCUCUCCACUUGGCGGUGAGGCGGGACGGCGAGCGCUGCCUCCGCCUCCUGGUGGAGGGCGGAGCCAAAAUCAAUGCACCUGAGCAGAAGAGCGGAAACACCGCCCUCCACCUGGCUGUGAGGGAAAACCUGUUCAAGGUGGCCUGCACGCUCAUCACAGAGCUGAAGGCCGACGUUAACGCCAGCACGUUCGGAGGAAACACACCUCUGCACCUGGCCGCCAGUCUGGGCUCACCGACCCUCUGCUCCAUGCUUAUCGCUGCAGGUGCUGAUAAAAACGUGGAGAACGACGAGCCACUCUUCUUCAGCUCCUCCUCGGACGAAGAGCAGGACGAAGACGAACCAAUCAGAGAGCAAGAGGCCGCCUCACAGCCAACCAACCCUCGCAAGAGACCAGCAGGAGGACACACACCCCUGGACCUCGCCAAGUGCCAAAAGGUGAGGAACCUGUUAAACUCCAGGCAGAGUCCGAAGUCGAGUCGUCACAGCAGUAAGAAGAUGAAACCGAGCAGCUCUGAAGAGGCGGAGGCGUCGGGGCUGGACGAGGACACGCUGUCCCGGCUGGUGGAGGUCCUGAGUGUCGGAGACGUUCCCUGGAGGAAACUGGCGGAGAAGCUGGGGAUGAUGACGCUGACUCACCUGUACAUGGACAGUCCGACGCCCUGCCACCACCUGCUGCAGCACUACCAGCUGGGUGGAGGUGCGGUCGAAGGUCUGGUUGACGCUCUUCAGUCUCUCGGUCUGACAGAAGGAGUCCGACUGCUGAGACACGCCGAGCUACGAGACGACAAACACAGCACAGACGCCACGGUUGACAGCGGCUUCGGCAGCCAGCCAAUGGAGGAGGAGGAGGAGCCUCCUGUGGCCAAUCAGUGACGAGCAGGAGAUAAAAUCCCAUCUGAAGGAACUUCAGGAACGUCGUCUGGUCUCUGCUGUGGGAGCCUGGACGGACGGACGGACGGACGGACGGACGGACACGUCCAGCAGAGACUUUGAUUCUCGGACUCUAACGUGUGUUCACCGGCGGACGAGACGAAGGCUGCGUUCCACACCCACUCAGAAAUGAUAAACUCACAACACAGGAAGUCAAAAGUUUCUUAAAUUUAAAAACAGGAAUUCACAGAAACUACAAUUAAAGUUUUUCAAUUUUUAA